AUGGUACGAGAAAGGCUAUCGUGUAGGGGGCUAAAGUGGGUGAGGAAGGCUGGUGGUGUGUAUGGAGAGCUAGCAUGCAUGAUGGAAUGGCGAGGUCGUGGCGUGGGAGAGAGAGCAGUGGUGUGUGAGAGAGAGAGCAAGUGGUUGACAAUCGGUGUGGGCGAGAGAGAGGGUUAUGGGCAUAAGGGAAGAAGACUGGUGAGAGGGCUGGAGAGGUGUGGUUAUGGCAUGGGAGAUGGUUGGUCGGUGUGUGUAUGGGCAUGGAAGAGGGCUGAAAUGGAUGAGAGCUUGGUGCAGUGA